CAUAGCAGGGCCAGCAGUUCAAGCUUGCUGAUUAGGGCCACCGAAUAGGACAGAAAUCCUGUGCGCCGCAAGCUCCAUCAGCACAAGCCUCCCUUUCUUUGCAACCCUACCAAAAUGGAGGACAAGCCUAUUGAGAAGAUGACCGUGCUUGAGCUUCAGGCGGAGCUGCGCAAGCGUGGACUGAACGAGAAGGGCCGCAAGGCAGAGCUGCUUGAGCGCCUACAGGAGGCAAUGGGAGUGGACACGGGCGGAGAUCAGCCAGAUGCUGAGGAAUCUGCGCCUGCCGAGGAUGCUGCUGACGCUGGUGCUGCUGCGCCUGUAGAGGAAAAGCCAGUGGAGGAGGCGGCUCCGGCAAGCGAGAGCACACCCGCUGCACAGGCUGCGCCAGCGGAGGACGCCAAAGCAGACGAGGAGAUGGGCGAUGCCUUGGUCAAGCCGGACCCAGAGCCGGAGGUCGUGCCGUCCAGCGCUUCGGACCCAGUGAAGGAUGAGGCCGCCGCAGAUGCCGGAAAGGGCGGCGAGGACGGGGAGAAGGCGGACGAAGAGGCCGCCAAGGACCAGGGCGAGGGCGCUGAGGGGCAGCAAACAAAGGAGGACAAGGCGCCAUCCAAGGAGGCAACGCCGGCUGUUGACUACGGCCCCGAGGAGUGGGAGACGAUGGACAUCCCCAACGAGUUCAAGCCGCUGCCGUUGUUGCGGGUGCGCAACAUCAAGCUGGAGGCCAGCCCCGACGACGUGAAGCAGGUGUUCGAGGAGCUGGGCAUUCCGGUGCAUAGCAUCUUCUUCGACAAUGUGGAGCGCGGCCGCAAUGUGGCGCUGAUGCGCCUCAUGCCGCCCCCGCUGCCCUGGUCCCUCAGCAAGGAGGACCUGGCCUCGCACCCGCUGGAUGAGCCGCUGAAGCGCUACACGGAGGCCAAGGAGGCGGAGGCGAAGGAGAAGCGCGCGGCAGAGGAGGCCAAGCGCGCCGCCGAGGCGGCGGAGGCCGCGAAGGAGGCGGCCGCGGCGCGGGAAGCGGCUGGCGAGGGCGCGGAGGGCGGCGAGCAGCAGGAGGGUGGGGAGAAGGCGGAGGAGCAGCCCAAGCAGGAGGGCGAGCAGCAAGCGGCGGCGGAGGCGAAGGACGAGCCGAAGGACGAGCCCAAGGACGAGCCGAAGGAGGAGCCCAAGGAGGAGGGCAAGGAGGAGGGCAAGGAGGAGGCUAAGGAGGAGGCCAAGCCGGCCGAGGAGGGAGCGCAGGCCAAGGCCGCGGAUGGCUCGGCUGCCACCGCCGCCGCCGCGUCUCCCGCGCCGGCUCCUGCCCCCAAGCCGGCGCCGCUGCACAUGACCUUUGACGACGGCCGCGGCGACGGCGAUGUGCUCAAGGUGGCGCGCUACACGGCCAUGCGGCUCAACUCGCUGCCCUACCCGCUUGGCCUGCACGGCGACCGCCUCAUGAUCGACGCGCCGUCGCUGCAGUGCACGCUCUACCUGGGCAACGUCACGCAGGACGACGACGCGGCACUGCGGGAGGAGAUGGAGGCGCUGGGCCGUGUGUGCCGCUGCCACAUCAUGCGCGGCGGCUCGGGCCUGACCCGGGGCUACGCAUUUGUGGAGUACGCCACGCCGGCGGAGGCGCUGAAGGCCAAGGAGUCGCUGGAGUCGCAGAGCCGCAAGGCGUUCCAGGACCUCAUGACCACCAAGAACGACCUGCAGCGGCCGCGCGGCAUGGGUGCCCUGGCCGCCGCCAAGGCCAAGGCGGAGGCGGAAGCUGGCGCGGGCGCGGACGGCGGCGAGGCGCCCGCCAAGUCGGAGGCAGACACAGACAUGAAGGACCAGUCGGGGGGUCCUGGCGGCGAGGAGGCCCCGCCGGGUGUGGGCGAGGAGGGCGCGGGCAAGGCAGAGGCAGAAGCGAAGCAGGAGGAGGACCGUGAGCAGCAGCAACAGCAGCAGCAGGAGCAGCACGACGGACAGGAUAAGGGUGGCGACGACAGCGCGGAGGGCAGGGAGGCUGCGGCUGCGGCCGCCAAGGUGCUUCGCUGCGAGUUCACGCACACCAAGCGCGUCCAGGACAUCUUCUCGCGAAACCUGUACCUCGCCAGCCUGCCCAUGUCCUUCAGCGACGAGCACCACCUGCGCAAGGUGUUCAGCGAGUUCGGCCCCGUCACCUCCGCCUCCAUCACGCGCGGCCCCCAGGGCUACUCCAAGGGCUUCGGCUUUGUGGAGUUCAUGCGCUCCGAUCAUGCCGCCGCCGCGCUGCAUGCCCUGGACGGCAACGAGGCGCCGCAGAUGGGCAAGCUGGCCAUCUCCUUCGUCAACCCCUCAAAGCACACCGACCGCCAGCGCACCACGCAGGGCCCUGGCGGCCGCGGUCCCGGCCGCGGCGGCUACAACAGUCCCGGUGGCCGCGGUGCCGGCAACAUGAUGACGCCUGGCUUCCGCGGCGGGCGCGGCGGUGCGCCUUACUACGCCGGCCCGCCCGGCGGGGCGCGUGGCAUGUACGGCGCCGGCCCGGCAGGCCCGUACGGGAUGGGCCCCAUGAUGGGCCGCGGCGGCGGCCCCUACGGCCCGCGCGGCGGCAUGAUGGGCGGCCGCGGCGGUUACGGUGGCGGCUAUGGUGGCGGCUACGGCGGUGGCUACGGCGGCGGCUACGGCGGCGGUGGUUAUGGCGGCGGCGGUUACGGCAUGGGUGGGAUGGGCAUGGGCGGUGGAAUGGGCAUGGGCGGUGGAAUGGGCAUGGGCGGAUACGGUGGUGGCAUGGGCCGUGGCGGGCAGGGCGGCUACGGCGGCGGCUACGGGUCAGGGUACGGCCAGGGUGGGUACGGCGGCUCGGGCGGUGCGGAUUACGGGGCGUCUGGUGGUAUGGGCCAGCGGUCGCAGCAGGGCGCGACGCCGGUGUCGCCCACAGGGGUCUCGGGCGGCGCCGGCUACGGCGCCACUGGCGCGAGCGGAUACGGCGCCAGCGCCGGCCAGCAGUCAGGCGCCGCCGCCGGCAGCACUGGCUACGGUGCUAGCUCCGGCUAUGGUGCGAGCCAGGGCGCCUCCGGCUACCAGCAGCAAUCGCAGUACGGCGCACAGGCGGGCGGAUACGGCGCCCAGCAGAGCUCCGGCUAUGGCGCUCAGCAGCAGUCAGGCUACGGGCAGCAGCAGAGCUCCGGGUACGGUGCGCAGUCGGGCUACGGUCAGCAGCAGCAGCAGCAACCCGCGGCCGCGACUGGGUACGGCAGCCAACAGGCCGCUGCCAGCAACUACCCGACCUCCUACUCGGCACCUGCGCAGGCGUACCCGGCGUCCGGGUACGGCGCAAGCACCACCACCCAGGCCGCCCCGGCCACUGGCUACGGCCAGGCCCAGACCGGGUAUGGCUCACAGGCUGCGUCGGGCUACAGCCAGCCAGCUACGCAGUCGUAUCCGACGUCGUACGCGGCGGCACCGCAGGCCUACGGCAGCGCAGCGCAGCAGCCGGCACAACAGGCGGCACCCCAGUACAGCGCGCCCGCGCAGGCCGCCACCGGCUACAGCCAGCCGGCGGCAGCGGCAGCGGCGCAGCCCGCGUACGGCGCAACCCAGGGCUACAGCCAGCAGCCGGCAGCCGGUUACGGCAGCUACAGCCAGGCUACGGCCUACGGUCAGCAGCAGCAGCAGCAACCGCAGCAGGCGGCUUACGCUGCAGCGGCUGGCGGCUACACACAGCAGCAACAGCCCGCUGCUCAGGCCAGCUACUCCGCUUACGGGCAGCAGCAGCAGCCUCAGCAGGCGGCACAGCAGGGGUACGCGGCGUACGGGCAGCAGCAGGCGGGCUACGGGCAGCCGCAGGCGGCGGCGCAGGUGGGCCAGAAGCGCGAGGGAGAGGCGUACGGCGCCUACGCGGCCGGUGGUUACGGUGCGGCUGCUUACGACGCGAGCAAGCGCCCGCGCUACUAGACCUACCAACCACCACCCUCCCACCUACACCAACUCCUCCUUCCACCUUGCGCGUAUAGCAAUAGCACACCAGCACGGUGCGGCCUCUGCUUGGGUGCCUGCGUGCCCCAGUCCCCGGGAAGGGAGGUAUGAACAGGGUGCGCUCGCGGCAGCAGGGCGGGACGUUGUGUCCCAGGUGCUUGGGGUAUUAGGGUUUGGCAAGGUGUUGCUGUUGUGCUAAAUGCGGAGCUCUCCGCACUACGCCCGGGGUUGGUUUUGGGGUUGACGGUCAUGUGGGUCAAGUGUGACGUAAUGGUCUCUCGCGUCGGUCCUGGGCCAUGGGUUGCCGCUGUUUCUCGGGGUUCCACCUUGCGCUGAACAGCGCUCUAGUAGCAAUGGAUUGCGUGGCUGGGAAGUAAACGCCGCGCUGUGUGUGGUGCGGUGCUGAUGCAAGACUUGACUAAGGCAAGCACGCGCGGGCUGCGGACGUAGGAAGGAGGGUGGCUGGACUGAGGAUAGCACGAUGUUGGACACAACAUGAGGGGUACAGGGUGAAGGCGUGGGAGCAAAACUCGGGAACAUGUUAUGCACAUCAGCUUCCGCCAUACCCCUGCUACGCAUCAGCUAGGCUUCAGGCCCAUGCCGACGCCGCUAACCAUAACGGCGUCAACCCCCGCCAUGUGUCCAUGUGGCGAGCCGCGUGGAGGAUGCUGCUCCCGGCAAAGCGGCCGGGUCGUCGUGGACAUCCAGCGGCGAUUGAAGCGCCACAACAACGGUACCCCCAAGGCGCCAGCGUUCCGGUAUGGUGCCUGGGUUUCGGGACCGGUAAUCGAUGGUCAUCUGGGUCACUGGACGAGUAGCAGCUCACGGGCGAGGGCUUCAGAUUGACGGCGUGGUGGGUGGAUGGGUUGCAAGACAACCUGAGGCGUGUAUGCAGUACAAGGCUGGGUUCAUACUCGCGUCUUUCGGUUGGUGUCCAUGAAGUGGGAUUAUGGUGCGAGGGGCCGGUGCGAUGCCUGGCUGGGGUCAUAAGGGUUGACGAUUGCCAUCCACGUGAGCGGGCUAAGUCGGGUUACCCACUGGUUGUACAUCUGGGCAUUGGGUCCAUCGCUUCAGGACAUGGGGAUUCAGGACAAGCUGCAAUGGGGUGAUUUGGGGAUGAGGAACAGCCGACAGAAGAUGGGCCUUGGCAGUAGCUGCUGCAGACUCUGGACUCCCGCACCCUCCAGAGCCCUAACCUGUGCAGGAGGCGCACUCACAGGGCGGCCAGUCACUCGAGCUCAGCAGAGUCAACGGUAUGACGUGGACGAUUGACCUGCAGCAGCUCGCGAGUCCAGCCAGCUGGCGCCUGCGUUCAGGAAAGAUGCUGUCCGGGUGACGAGUACAGGAUCACAGGGAGGGUACAGUAAUGUGGUCGAGGGGCUGGGUCGUUCACUCGUGAUGCUUGCACCGCUCCAAUGGCAGAUGUUGAGCGUCCCUGUGGUUGUGCCGGUCAGUUGCAAUACUGCAAUACGUGGCAGGGGUGAACCCCAACGGAGGCCAAUGGCAACCCAUGUAAACAAAAGCGGAG